UUAGCUGCUGCUGCCGCCGCCGCCGCGUGCAGAACCAUUGUCAGUCCUUUUGCCGAUGAAGUCGACAACACUCAAGUCUCCCACAGUGUAUUUGAACUCUUCCGCAAAUCAACAUAUGGUGGAAGGGCGUUCGCCGAUCGUGUUAAACCUAAUUCAACAAAGGCCGUCUCCAGUGUUGUUGAGACCCUCCUGGAGCUUGUCCUUUUUGAGCGAGAGGCCGCCCUUAAAGAGGGUGACGAAAAUUCGGCGCUGGUGAAACGACUUGGAGACCUAGCAAUGCAUCUGCUCAGGGACUCUUCGGUAAGUCCUCGUUACACUUUUCGUGCCCCUGCACACUCUUAA